AGAAAUAAUGAAAAAUAUCACUCCAACAUAUUGCAAAAAAAAAAGAUUACAAGAAUUUGCGAAAAUUAAGGGAAAAAAAUGAAAAUAUCACCUAAAAAUCACGAAAAAUCACGAGAAUUUGCAAAAAAUCUCGAAAAAGUAAUGAAAAAAAAUCACCAUAAAAUCGCUGAAAAAUCACAGGGAUUUGCAAUAAAAGUCACCCUUGUAGCUGGAGCAGAAAAGUCAUGAAAAAAAAUACUCCAAAAAAAUCAUCAAAAAUUGCAAAAAUGUGCGAAAAAUCAUGAAAAAAAAAUCUUGAAAAUCUCUCAAAAAGCGAAAAUCACGAAAAUUUGCUAAAAAUCACCUCAAAAAAGUAUGGAAACAUCACCAAAAAUCACCAAAAAAUGCAAAAAAAUAAAAACCAUAGAAACUUUUACAUUUUACAGAGCACUCAUUGGCUGCCGUUGACUGCACUAGAUGUCCAAUCCAUUUGGACUGUGUACAUUCUCCCUCCUCCCAGUUCAAACAGAUUGGAAGUCCACCGCCGUCAAUGGCAGCCCAUAAGUUCAACGAGUGCCCUUAUAAAGGGUUAUCCGGUCCGAUUUAUGAUUAAAAUUCUCUGCGCAAAAGGGCUUAAAGGAGAGAGAUGCGAAUGAAUAAUUGGAGUGUCUGUCUGGAUGACGAGGGGAGGCGGUGCGGCGUGUGCGGUGCGUUUGUUUCCUGGGGGGAUGGUGGGACAUAUCAAUAGAACACACACAAGGACAGACAGCAACGUCCUUAUGGACCGAGCGGCGCCGCGUUCAAAGACUCGUGUCGACAUCCUGAACAGAUUUUUGACAGGAAUGGCAUCACAGCCAGCAGGGUAUGAAAUUGGGGAAAUACCUUAAGAAGUUAGCAUUCAGAGGAUGUUACUGUAAGCACAGUUUUCACCUCAUUACCUACUCCAAUCCAAUAGGAAGCCACGAUUCCUAGCAGCUUUUCUCCUAUUGGCCGGAGCUAGGUGGGCAGGAAGGGGCUGGCUUUAGCGCGUGUGUCGGUGUGUGUAUGUGUGUAUACUAGGGGCGGUUUUGCCGGAAAGCUUUCAGCCAAAUAGUUGAAGUCGGCACUCUCCGGGCUUCCCGCUUUGCCGCCCGCUUGCCCGCCCGCCCGCUUUCCGCCCGCCCGCCCGCCUCGCUGGCUUCGGCAUGGACCCGCAACAGCAGCGUGCCAGGAAUGACAACGCUUCACGUGGUCGUUAACUCCGCUCGCUGAGGCAGACGGUCGCCCUUGUAGCUGGAGCGGACGGCCGAGAGGGGACCGACCGGCUGGGAGAAACAAAAAAAACAAAAAAAAACAAGCAUCCUUACUCGGUGGCUUAGAAGAAUUCCCGACGUCUGUCUUCAUGUUCCCCACCGAUCAGAGACAAUCAAUCGGCCUCCUCACCGACCGCAAUGAAAAAUGAACAAGCCACAGUUUAACUAACAGCAGUGCUUGCCGAUGCUCUGCUCACACACGAGACUUCGCCAGUCCAUCACCUUGACUUCCCCGUCUCCGGAGACCAAUCGUCCGCUGAGAGAAAGCGGAUCAUAUUUAGCUGAAACUUCCUCCGCUCGUUCCCGGAAUCCGUUCAAAGCGCCCCUUCGGAAACUGAGCGCUUCCUCUCCGUCGAAGACAUGGCUCUGAAUAUCGCCUCAAUACGCGACACAAAAUGGCUGACCCUGGAAGUGUGUCGGCAGUUUCAGAGGGGGACUUGCUCGCGCACAGAUGAAGAGUGCAAAUUUGCCCACCCGUCGAAAAGCUGCCAAGUGGAAAACGGAAGAGUGAUUGCGUGUUUUGACUCUUUAAAGGGCCGCUGCACGCGGGAGAACUGCAAAUACCUCCACCCGCCCGCUCACCUGAAAACCCAGCUGGAGAUCAACGGGCGCAAUAACCUCAUCCAGCAGAAGACAGCGGCCGCCAUGUUGGCCCAUCAGAUGCAAUUUAUGAUUCCCGGCACCACCAUGCAGCCUGUGCAGACAUUUCCAGUCAGCCAGGGUCUGGGCUCCGGUGGCGCUCUGAGCUACACACCGUACCUGACCCCCGUGUCGCACGGAAUGGGCCUGGUACCGGCAGACAUCUUGCCCAGCACGCCCGUCAUCGUCCCCGGCAGCCCUCCCGCGUCAUUGGCCGCCGCCUCCUCAGCCAAUCAAAAACUGCUGCGAACAGACAAACUGGAGGUUUGUCGCGAGUUCCAGCGGGGUAACUGCGCUCGAGGCGAGACCGACUGCCGCUUCGCCCACCCGUGCGACAGCCCCAUGAUCGACACCAGCGACAACACGGUCACUGUCUGCAUGGACUAUAUCAAGAGCCGUUGCUCCCGCGAGAAGUGCAAGUACUUCCAUCCGCCAGCCCAUCUGCAGGCCAAGAUCAAGGCUACCCAACACCAGGCAAACCAGACCACGGCAGCCAUGACUCAGUCGACUGCCAAAGCAAUGAAGCGACCCCUCGAGGCAGCUGUAGACCUGGCGUUCCCCCACAGCGUCCUACAGCCGUUACCAAAGAGGGCAGCACUGGAGAAAAGUAACGGUGCAAGCUCCCUGUUUAACCCAAGUGUCUUGCACUACCAGCAAGCCCUGGCCAACGCUCAGCUCCAACAGCCUGCUUUCUUUCCCACAGGGUCAGUCCUGUGCAUGGCGCCCGCUAGCAGUCUUGAUCAUCCUGAAGUGAAUGCCACAAAAGCAGCGACGUGUGACGAAGCUGCCUGCAAACUGCCUGCGUGUAAAUACUAUCUGUCCUCUCCCGUAGAGGUCCGGCAACCUGCAUGCUAAGCGGAACACUUACAGUAACUGCACUUCAUGCCAGUGUCAUCUUAUUGAUGCACAGGCAUCAUAUUCAGUAGAACAGGGGUGUCAAACUCAAUGUAGUUAUGGUUUGCUCCGGAAGGCCAAUACGGGCCAACUAGCUGCGAUUGGACAUCUAUCGAAGUCAGUGGCAGUCAAUGAGUUAACAUGGAUUAUUGUUUCAUUAUUUUUAUAUUAUUUUUAGCAGUAUAUUUGUCAUGAAAGUUUGCUAAAUACUGUUUUUGAAUUCAUUAUUAUACUGAAUACAAUUAAUCUCAUGCGAUUAAUCACGAUUCAAAUUACUUCUUAUGACUUUUGAGUUCAUCACACACGAUUAGGCAUGUGCCGGUAUGAGAUUUUGACGGUAUGAUAACCUUAAGCAAAAAUAAUGCGGUUUCACGAUCUCGGUAUUGCAAUUAUAGCUCUAAAAUGUGUUAUUUUGAGAUAUAUGAGUUUAAAAAAUUUCCAUUGAACAGGAUUUUUUCAAUUUUUCACAACAUAUUUGCAAAUUGGAGCAUCAACACGAAUAUAAUGUUAAAAUAAAUAAACAAAAUAACUUGGGCUGUCAAACGAUUAAAAAUUUUAAUCGAGUUUAUCACAGCUUAAAAAUUAAUUAAUCGUAAUUAAUCGCAAUUCAAACCAUCUCUAAUAUAUGCCAUAUUUUCCUGUAAAUUAUUGUUGGAAUGGAAAGAUAAGACACAAGACUGAUAUAUACAUUCAACAUACUGUACAUAAGUACUGUAUUUGUUUAUUAUAACAAUAAAUCCACAAGAUGGCAUUAACAUUAUUAACAUUCUUUCUGUUAAAGGGAUCCACGGAUAGAAAGACUUGUAGUUCUUAAAAGAUAGUGCAAGUUAUAGUAAUUUUAUAUUAAAACCCCUCUUAAUGUUUUCGUUUUAAAUUGGUAAAAUUUUCAAUCAAAAAAUAAACUAAUAGCUCGCCAUUGUUGACAUCGCCGAGCGGGAUGUCACAUGGGCUCCCUGCCGUUCUUCCACAGUGUAUUUAUCUACGUAAGGUAGUGAUUAAAAUACACCACAAGGUGUCAAUGGUGAGUUUUAAAUUAAUUAGAGAUCGAGCCAAGGCAAAGUCUGAGUAAGUUUUAUGUGUAGUUUGCAUAGCUAUUUUGAUUGGGUAUGCCAGUUCUCUUUGCAUUGAGCGCUUGGACAUUAUUUUUUGGAGGGAUAGGAAUAUAAUUUUUGUUGUGCUUUUACUAAAUGAUACUGUAGCAACUUAACUGUUCCGCCCAAAUGCAUGAUGGGAAGUUGGGCAACCAUGACUGUCUGUGGUGGCUGCAAAUGGUAUAUGUUCUGCGUUGUGUUCAAUAAUGCAUAUUAAGAAAAAGAUCAUAUCCUGUCAUUGUUCCCCACGUCGCUCGCCACAAUAGUUAUGGCACAAGAGUUGCCAAAGCUUAUGCCAAUAAACGGCGCGGUCCAAUGAACGCCUGUGUCCACUCGCACAUCUCUUCCUCUUAGCUCUCUCACUGAGCUAAAAACGGCGUCAUUGUAAUCUGUUUGAGGCAAUGCAGUGUUAAAUGCAUCAAAUAUUUUAACGUGAGUGAUCAAAAAAAUUAAUUACCGCCCGUUAACGCGAUACAUUUGACAGCACUAAAAAUAACUGAUUUGAAAUAAAAUUGAAAUAGAAUUUCGAAAGCAAGAGACGGAGAGUGUGUAUGACUUUUAUGAUUAUUUACACAUUAUAGACACCCACACACAGCCUCUCUCAACACAGAAAGUCACCAGAGAGAAAAAACAUCACAGGCUGUAUUAUGAAAAUGUUAUUUUGAAAAGAUGUUUACAAUGGCGGAAGACUUUACAAAAGUAGGCUAAUGGUAGAGAGGAAAGUGCUUAGCCGUCUUGGCAUGCUCACUAGCCACGUUAUCUGCCUCAUUAACAAGCUUACAUUAUAGCAUUUCUUUUACCAUCACUAAACACACUAAACCAGCUGGAGUGAACUCUCGUAGCUGGUGGGAAACGUUCAUGACAACGUUAACUUACCUUAAAUUUUUGUGUAAAGUUACGGAUGAUGGUCACAUAAAUGUGAAAUCAUGUUGGAGGUCCUGCUCUCCUUCCUCCUCUAAGCCGCAGCCGUCUGUUUCUUUUCGGUAACUGAAGUACUCCCAUACUAGCGACUUUGUCUUUUUUGAGGGGGGAAAAGCUCAGGUGUUGUUCCAACACCUUCAGCCAUUGUGUCUAUUCUACAGCACGGUGACAGACAUGGGACAUAACAAAUAGCUAAUGCCGUACUACGGUAUGACGGAAAAUCUUAGUGGUUUUGAAACUAUGACGUUUUCAUACCAUGGUAAACCUUGAUAGCGGUAACCGGCACAUGCCAACACGCGAUUAAUCGAGAGUCAAAUUGGUAACCAUUGCCUGACAUUCGAAUUCAUUAUUAUCCAGUAUGCGAUUAAUCCCAAUUAAUCUGACACAAUUAAUCGCAAUUAAAACGAGUGACCAUUUCCUGGCUUUACAAUUACAGUAACUCGGGACUUUCAAUUGCUAUUAAUCUCAGAGUUAAUUAAAUAUUUUUACUUCGUAUUAAUUCAUUGUGUCCCAUUGACGGCGAUAGACGUCCAAUCCGUUUGAACUGGGAGGUCGAGCACCAAACUCAAAUGGAUUAGAUGUCUACCGCUGUCAGUGGCAGCCAAUGAGUUAAUAUUUGUGAUUAUUUCAUUGCUAAAUACUAAUAUAGAAUUCACUACAGGUACUCCCCGAGUUACGAACGAGUUCCGUUCCUACACUGGCGACGUAACGCUAAUUUCCUUGUAAAUCGGGAUUAACCCUUAAAGUACCCCAAAAUAACUAACCAAAAAGUCCAAAAGCAUUCAAUUUUGUUAAAUAGUGAAAGAUACACUGCCCUCUUGUGGCAGCGUUGGGUCUGGCUGGACUGUCAUCUUGUAUGAAUCAGGAGCAGAGUCAGACGUCUGACAUGGAUAGCUGCGUUCUGGUUUGAGGCUGUAAGUUGUUUCAGCUAAUUCCAUUUUUAAUGAAGUUUACAGCUACAGUUUGUGGAGUUACAUGUGAGCGAUUUGCUAUGAGAAUUGUAAAUACGUCAGCAUUCAUAGCAUUUAAGAUGAUGCUUUUGUUCGGCAAAUUAUGCUAAUUUAAUUUACUGAAUUUACACAAUGAUUAGAUGGACGUUUAAACACCAAUUGUUUUGUGUCAAGUAUUUUAUUGUUAAAAUGUGUGUCGUUUUGAACAUAUUUGUGCUACAGCUUUACAAAUUGUCAAAAGUGAAGGAAGUAAAAGCUUCAAAAAGCACAAUUGCUUUGUUUGCUGUCUGUAAAGCUUAACAACUUCACGUUUAGUGAGGACAGAACACAUCAUAUUAAUACAGUAAAGGAAAAAAUAAGAUACUGUGAGGUGCAAUAAGGUAUUGUUUAUGCAACGUAACCAAAAAUAAAUGGCGGACGAGACUCCAGUAUUAUAAAGUCGAAAUCAUGUAAGUCGAGUACGUCGUAACACGGGGACUACCUGUAUUAUGACUGCAAGUUGCAGCAGCCCAAAAAUGUGCAAUGAAGAGGGGGAAAAUAAACAUAUAAGCAGGGGUGAAAGUUGCGAGAAUUUCUGCUGGAACUCCCUGGCAUAGGCUAGGUUCAGAACCCAGGUCUUCAUGCACGAAUCUGAUUUUUUUUGUGUUUUUCCAACUCGAGUGAGGCAUUAGGUUGACGGUCUGAACGUGAAAAGUAGCAUAGAAGUGGACCAUUUCAAAGCUGAUCUGGGUCACUUUCGUAUGUGGUUUAAAUCCGAUCUGGGCCACAUUUUUCCAGAAUGUGGCUGCGGUCUGAACUGUCAAAUCUGCCAAGACUAAAUUCAUGCAGCCAUUACGUCAGCGAAGAGCGAGAGUGGCAGGCAUGAUGGCAGCAAUAGCUGUGCAUUAGCGUUAGCGCCUAGCUUGAACUCGGCUUUUACUAAGGACGUGGGCUUGACCACCCUAAUAAAAAAUAAAGAAAAGGAAGCCUGAUAAUGCUCGGUUUUCUUUCUGUGCGCCAAAUAAGCAGUUUUGCCUACAUGGCCGAGUAGGGGCAAACUGACGCACACACAUAAGGCUUAUGUGUGUGCAUCACUCACAUAUAGUACGUGCAUGCGCUCUAUCAAUCCAUAUAAACUUUGAAUAUAAGACUAAAUGGGGAUUAUUAAUGUCUGUUAUUUGUGUCCUCUUUUUGGAAAUCAAAAUAUGAUCGCCCUAGAAUGAUGUCCGGCCAGCAUGUGUAGUCUUUUCUUAUGUCUUAUUCUUAGUGCGCAUGCGUAAUACUUGAAAGGGCUCAAUGGACGAAGGCUGUCUGAAAGGGCACGCCAAAAAAAACAGAUUUCAUUAAAAAAUCGUAAUUGUGCAUUAAGACCUGCAGUAUGAACCUAGCCAUAAAUUUCCCCACGGAGCCAGAAACCUCCUAAAAUCACUGAAACUCUCUCUCUUUCUUGCUCUAAUCACUGGCGCGCUCAUAGUUGCGCCAAAAAUAAAUUAUCAAAUUUGUUGUCAACUAAUCGAUUUUAAUCGAUUUAAUCAAUUAGUUGUUGCCGCCUUAUGCAGAAGGCCGAUGUGAUUGAUCGCGGUUCAAAUGAGUACCUAUUGCGUCGCUCUAAAAUUAACUCAUUACGACAUUUGAAAUCAUUUUUAGACAGAAUUCAAUUAAUUGCAAUUAAAUUGCGUAACUAUUGCCUCUCAAUAGAAACUGUCUGAUUAUGACUUUUGAACUCAUUAUUAUUCAGUCAAUCAAUUAUUUAUCAAUCGCAAUUAAUCUCCCAGUUAAUUGUUUUAAGUGCGCGUUACCUCAUUGGCUGCCAUUGACGGCGCUACACGUCUAAUCCAUUUCGCCUUGGAGGGGCAAAUGAACUAGCGCUGAUACGAUUAAUUCACUAAUCGAUUUGCAAAUGAUCCGACUACUAUUUUGAUAAUCAAUCAAUCGUUUAAAGACGUUGUUGAAUUACAAAUUUUCCAAAUCCUUAUUUUUUUUAGCCUAACAUUUUUUUCCGAUGCUUUUCCAUUUUUAUUUCACUUUUUUUUAAAGGAAAAACUGGGAAAUUUAAUUUAUGAAAAGAAAUGUAUAUGUAUUAGAAAAAGGAAAAAAUGUAAAUAUUUGUCUUUCAUAUUUUUAUUUAUUCAUUUAUUUUUUUCGUUUUUUAACAAAAGGGGGAAAAACAUUUCAACAUCCCUUUAAAAAAUAUUUCAUCAAAAAAAAAAAAACAAAUCAAAGCAAAUAAAUAAAUAGUAAAUAUCUUUUAUCUAAUAUCGGUUAUGCAAUGCACGCGAUUUACUUUCGCGGGCCACACAAAAAGACGCGGUGGGUCACCAGUUUGACACCUCUGAAAUAGAUUCUAUUGAGAGUUAAAAUACUGUAUCAAUGAUGUACAUGAUUUCAAAUGAUUUCAAAACCUUUCCUAUUUAUUUGAGUCACAUUUCUGGCACGACAAGUCAAAAAGAAGAUGGGAGAUUAUGGACUCCAGUGUUGUGGAAGUCUCCUUCUGGAAGCAUUUUGCCAAAGUUCCACCAUUUGGUUUCAUCGUAGAAGACUGUAGAAGUGCCUAAAACAUGCUCACCUACAAGCUAGCUUCAAGUUCGGCAGGAAGGAAAUAAAUAAACUCUUUUUCUACCAACUGUCCGUAGACAUCACAAGUGUCUUUCUGGAAGGCCACUAUUCCAAAACGGAGCCAGAAAGGAAAACUCGCCUGCAAUGUAUAUACGUACAGUACAUACGUACGUAUGUAGUUUCUCAUCUGCUUUUAGGAAUGUGUUUAUGUUCUAUCAAAAUAUGUUUGGACUUGAGUCCACCUGCACUUCAAGCAAGUCAAGAUCAUGAAAUGUUCUUCUUGUUGUUUUUUUGGAAACCAAUCGGCAUAUUUUUUAAUGUAAUUUUUUUAAAUGUUUCAUUGUAUAUGACAGAAGUGAAUUGUUGCCACACAAAAUGUUUGCAAAAGUCAAGUAUCACUAUCAAAAGAAGAUUAUGGUGACGUUUUUAUGUGAAACUAUCGUGUAAAAUUUUUUUACACAAUAAUAUUUUAAAAACGUGAUGAUAAACGUGGUCAUUAUCAUGUAAAAGCAUGAUGACUAUCAUUUUAAAAGGUAAUAAAUACCAUGAAAAUGUUUUUACAUGAUUGUUAUCACAUUUUUACAUGAUAAUUAUUGCAUUAUUUCAUGAUAAUUGUCACGUUUUUACUUGAUGAUAUUUAAAAACAUGAUUUUGGUCAUUUUUCAUGGUGGUAUUAUGUAAAAACGUUUACAUGAUAGCGAUCAGCUUUUUGCAUGAUAAUGAUCACGUUUUUACAUGAUAAUUACUGCAUUAUUUCAUCAUAAUUAUCAGGUAUUUACUUGAUAAUAUUUAAAAACAUGAUAUUGGUCACAUUUUUCCGUAAUAUUAUUAUGUAAAAACGUUUACAUGAUAGUGAUCAACGUUUUACACGAUAAUGAUCACAUGAUAAUUAUUGCAUUAUAUCAUCAUAAUAUAACAUUUUAACUUGAUAAUAAUUAAAAACAUGAUAUUGGUCACAUUUUUACAUGAGAAUAUCAUGUAAAAACGUUUACAUGAUAUGGAUCACGUUUUUACAUGAUAAUGAUCAUGUUUUUACAUUAUGUGAAAACAUGAUGAUAAAUGUGGUCAUUAUCAUCAAAAAACAAACAAAAAACAAUUGUAGUUAAAAUGGCAGACGAGACUUCGGUGUCGUAAGGUCGAAAUCGAAAUUACAUGAAAAACGUGUCAUUAUCAUAUAAAAGCAUGAAAACUAUCAUUUGAAAACGUGACAAAUGUCACAAGAAACGGUUUCUGGAUGACAGUUAUGUUUUUACAUGAGAUCACAUUUUUACAUGAUAAUUAUUGAAUUAUUAAAUGAUAAUCACAUUUUUACACGCUAAUGAUCAUGUUUUAAAUGAUCAACACAUUUCAACAUAACGUGUUUUUGUAUGCUAUUCAUCAAAUUUUGACAUUAUAAUGAUCACAUUUGUACAUGAUAGCUAUCACGUUUUUACACCAGUCAUCACGUUUUUAGGUGAUAAUGUGUAAAAACAUGAUGAUAAACUUGGUCAUUAUCAUGUAAAAGCAUGAUGACUAUCAUUUAAAAAGGUGAUAAAGAUCCAUGAUACUACCAUGAGUUCGUGUAAAAAGCAUGACAACUAUCAUUUGAUGACGUGAUAAACGUCAUUAAAAACAAUUUCUACUGUAGUUGUCACAUGUUUGUCCUAACAUUUUUACAUGAUAAUUAUCACGUUUUUAAAUGAUAGUCAACACAUUUUAGCAUGAAUAUUAUCACAUUUUUAAAAGACUAAUUUGACAUUAUAAUUAGCAUGUUUUAGCAUGAUUAUCACAUUUUUAAAUGACAGUUACCAAGUUUUUACGUGAUAACUGUCAUUGAAAAAAAAACAUUGGUCACAUUUUUCCUUGAUACUAUCCAUGUAAAAGCAAGAUAAGUAUCAUGUAAAAACAUAAAUAUCAUGAGGAAUGGUUACGUUUUAAUUAUCCGUUUUUUACAAGCUAAUUAGCAUGUUUUUGCGUUUGUUUUUACGUGAUUAUCGUAUUUUUACAUCAUAAUGGUCACGUUUUUCCAUGAUACUUAUUAUGUUUUAAAUGAUAAAUAUUUUUACAUUACAGAAUGAUAGCAUCAUGUAAACACUUGAUAAUGAUUAACCUUUUUUACAUGAUAUUUUUUUUAAAUGAUAAUGGUCCCAUAUUUUCAUGAUGAUAAACAUGGUCAUUAUCAUGUAAAAUGAUAUUAUUUGAAAACAUGAUAAAUAUCGUGAAAAACGUUUUCUGCUUGAGUUGCUACAUGAUUGUUCACGUGAAAAGGUUUUUACAUGAUAAUUAUAACAUUUUUAAAUGAUAGUCAACAUGUUUUCACAUGAUAAUUAUCAAGUUUUGACAUAAAUAUAAAGUUUUCACAUGAUAAUUACCACCCUUUUAAAUGAUUAUCGCCUUAUUACAUGUUAUACAUACAGAUAGAUGAUAGAAGAUACAGGUAGCCCCGACGUAACCCGAAUUUCCGGGUAAAUCGGAAUUAACCCUAUAAUUACCCACAAAAUCUCAAAAUAACUACCAACAUACAUGUAUUAUACAUCAUAUUGAUAAAAAAAUACGUUUUAAAAAAUUGGUGGACGAGGCACUGUUACGCGACUAAAAAAUAAAUUUAAAAAAAAUUGGAGACAAAAUGGCGGACGAGAAACCGGCCUCGUGAAGUCGAAAUCACGCAAGUCGGGUAUGUCGUAACCCGGGGACUACCUGUACUUUUUACAUUUUAAAUGAUAGUUAUCGCAUUAUGUAAGCACUGGAUAGUUAGCAUGUUUUUAAAUGAUAAUAUAUGAUAAUGGUCACAUUUUUCUAAGAUAUUAUCAUUUAAAAAGGUGACCAUUAUCAUGUAAAAUGAUAACUUAGUUGCAUUAAUUGUUACAUGAUCGUUCACAUUAAAAACAGCAACGUUUUUAAAUAAUGUUAUAAUGUAAUAAUGUUAAUUAUCCCGUUUUUACCUAAUUUUUACCACCUUUAUGAUACUUAACACGUUUCAAAUGAUAGUCAUCUCAUUUUUACUUGACAGAAUGAUCGCAUCAUGUAAACAUUUGAUCAUUAUCACGUUUUUACAUGACGUUGCCAUGUAAAACUUAAUCAUUAUCAUGUUAAAACGUGAUUCGAUCGCGAUCAUUAUCACAUUUAUUUCUAAUGAUCAAGUUCGAACAUGAUAAUUAGUACUUGUUUUGACUUGAUAAUAUGAUAUUAUCACGUAAAUCAUUUUUUACAACAAUAUACUAGUUGGGGUUUUUUUUGUGAGGGGGGGUGGCAACAAUCCACUUCCUUUGUACCGUUUAGCUCAUGGUGCUCGAAAACCAUCGACAAUCCAAACUUUUCAGUUAAAUUCUCUCUGUCUUCACGGUUUUGUCCAAAUUUAUUUUCCGUUUCAACUUUAUGUUACACUGUAAACACAUUUGAAACGAAUGUAAUUUAUUAAGCUAGCAAUGCGGCGGUGGAAGCUAACGGACCUCUUAUGGCCUUUUUGCUGGAAAGAGUUGAAAACAAAAACAAAAAAACAGUGUUUCCAAAGUGAGAGUAGUCCUAGACUUGCUUGUGUUGUUGGAAAACAAAAAAAUGUGUAUUGUAUAGAUAACAUUUACCAAAAAAAGAAAAAAAAGGUAAAAAUAAGAUGUAAUUUUCACGCUAGUAUGCUAGUAUUUCAUGCUGUGGCAACCAAGUGUUGCAGUUUGGUAUUUUUGUAAAAGAUAUGACAACACUGUACACAAAGUAGAUUGUAAAGACAAUAUUUCUUAUUCUUCACUGAGAUUGUAACUAAUAUUUUCACUUGAAAAGAGCAGCCGCUGUAGAGCUGUGACCUUCACUAGAUUCAAUGGUAUAAUAAAGAUAGAAAUAUGUACACGUAAGAAAGUCAUCUCAAAAGGAAAUGUUCACUCUUGCGCUGCCAAUGACAGUGAUAGACGUGGGUGGAAUGGCUGGUAGUGAAUGAUCGUGGUGGUUAACUUCUUGAUUAUAAUUUAUAAUAAAUAAAUCUACAUAAAAAAAGCAUUGUAGGAGAUACAUAAGUACAUGAAAUAAUAAUAAAUCCACACUGUAGACAAAUU